GGCGAACCGGGAUAGACAGGAACUCGGGGAAAACACAAAAUACAAAAGUCUGUACCUGUAGGUCAAACCUCCUCCACCCGAGGAACGGUUAGCGCUCAGGUAGGGAAAGAAGCAAUGGCUCUGUCACAGUGCCUGGACGACUCGCUCUUAAGGGUCAAGUCAACUUUCACAGGGGGCGCGCAGUGUAGCCUGCAGGAGGUCUACAUUGAGAGACACCGGCUCGCCUUGGAGGAACUCCUGACCGGGGGGGUCGAAAACUUUCUGGGCUUUCUCAAAAAAGAGUCCAUCGCCAACUUCCUGUCGGAUGAGGAGAUCCAGUGGGUCGGGGACGCCGCUGUCCCCCCGCAGCGCGUGUCGGUCCUCGGCGAGGACCAGGCGCUGCAGGGGCAGACUCUCAGCCGCUCGGUCGACUGUUUGUCGGUCACUUACUUCCCCGAGAUGUCGGACGUGGAGCCGCCGCCGCUGGAGAUCGGCUGGCCCGCCUUCACCGCGGGCUCGUAUCGGGGAGUCACCAGGGCUGUGGCUCACUUUCAGCCGAGUUAUGGCGACAGCAUCUAUGCUUGUAAAGAAGCUGCAAGGAAAAUGAUCAGCAGUGCCAGAGAGGUGAUUGCCAUAGUUACAGAUUCCCUGACAGACCUGGAUAUCUUCAAAGAUCUUCAAGAGGCGUGUUCCAUCCGCAAAGUCCCCGUUUACAUUCUGCUGGACCAGUCAAGCUGUCCCGCUUUCCUCAAGAUGUGCACAAACAUUGGCGUCAGCUUGGAUGACCUUCAGCAAAUGAGAGUGCGAACCAUAACCGGCACAACUUAUUAUACAAGAUCAGGAACAAGGAUCACUGGGAGAGUUCAUGAGCGCUUUAUGCUGAUUGAUGGCAACCGUGCAGCUACGGGUUCAUACAGGUUCAACUGGACCGAUGGCAAACUGAACACCAGCAACUUGAUCGAGCUUUCUGGUCAGAUAACAGAAAAGUUUGAUGAAGAGUUCCGGAUUCUUUAUGCGCAGUCUCUUCCCGUGAAUGCCCGAGGACUCGCCAGUGUACGAAACAGUGCCAUCCUCGAGCACAUUCCCAACAAGCAUCUGCUCACCUCCUCCCCAUUCCCAAGCAGGGAGAGGCCCUCAGAGCAAGUGUGUCUGACCAGCACACCGGGCCAGAAAAUCAGCACUCUAUCCCUACAGCUUCCCUGCGAGGGUCCCAUCCCGGAAGUGGGUCAAAACGGCAGCAGCGCCUCAAACACGUCAACGAUAGGUGACGAAUUUUUGGAUCAAGAAAUCCUUGCCGCUGGUCCGAAUCCCCCGGCAGAGAAGUCGGCAGCGAGCAAGCCUGUCCGCCCGACCGUGGUGUCCUGCCACGUGGCCACCCAGACCAGUUUUUCAGUGGCGGACGGUGAAGCGCAGACGGAUCUCCAGCUCACCUGGCAGCCCGAUCCCACCCGGCCCGCACUCAGCCAGAACAAGACCGUCUCUCUUAGUAUGAGCACCCCCACCCAGGCAGCUCCAGCUGGCACGCUGAAGGACUGCCUCAGCAGUCUGACGAAAGAGCGCCAGCACCACUACUCGGCCAUCCGCUCCAAACUGGAACACAUGAUGGCCACGCUGGCCCAACGGCGAGAGCUAGCAGACAUUGCCGUGAUGACUCAGGGUAGAUGGCGGCGAGACAAACCCAUGCCGGGGCCAGACCCUCGACAACUUGCUGAAAAUGCAGCCAUAGUCACAUGAUGACAGAUGUGGACACUGUACUUUACUUUACUCACAUGCCAAAUGGUUGCUUUUCUCUUGUAUUUUUUUUAUCCUGUCUUUAUAACUUGGGCUGUAACGGUUGUGGAAUAAUAUUUGCUCUAAUGAUGUAGCAAUUGUGCAAUACUACUGUUACUGGGAUUAAUAACUUCCAGAUGUAGACAAUUCGGGAUGUUCUAUGGCACUUUUUUCAGAGCGAUACCAGUACGAGUCUCAUGCUUUGAGUAAUCACCGAUCCGGAGUACUUUUGAUAUAGAAAAUUAUAUUUUACACAAUGGCAAAAAAGUUUGACCAAUUGUUAGUUUGAAAAUAAAAUCAAUUAAAUGGUGCCAGUUGACAGGGCUACAUUUAAAAAAAAUUUUGGUAUUAUUUUUGAAAUCUGUAUUUGACUCAACCCUAAAUAAUCUGAGCACGUUUGUUAUUUUAUGAAUGAAGUGCCUUUGUACUGAGGUGGCUGUUUAUAUCAAACAUGGCUGUAGUAUAUGAUUUGAAAUAAACUUGCUCCUUAUGCCUUGCUAAUAA